AAUAUUUUGUCCUGAUUCAGAAGAAGAGGAAAUGGACACGACUCCAGUGCCCAAAAAGGCAGGAAUGGUGAAGGCAAAGGAGGAAUCUGAAGAGGAUGAGGAUGACGACGAAGAGGAUGAUGAUGAUGAUGAUGAUGAAGAAACCCCGGUCACUCAAGCAAAAAGGAAAGCUGAGACCAAAAAAGAGAAGGGAACGCCGCCGGCUAAGAAAGCUAAAACUGAUGGUGAAGGUUUUAGUCUCUACUUGGGCAACUUAAACCACAAUAAAGACUUUGAUGAAAUCAAGUCCGCUAUCGCGAAGUUCUUCUCAAAGGAAGGCCUUGAAAUUCAGGACGUCCGAAUUGGCGGGACCAAGAAAUUUGGCUACGUUGACUUCGCGUCAGAGGAAGAGCAGCAGAAGGCUUUGGGGCUCAAUGGCAAGAAGCUGAUGGGCCAACCGGUGAAACUCGACAAAGCCAGAAGCAAAGAAAACUCCCAGGAAAACAAAAAAGAGAGAGAUUCACGCACUUUGUUCGUAAAGAACCUGCCGUACUCCGUAACGCAGGAGGAACUGAGGGAAAUCUUUGACCAGGCUGUUGAUAUCAGGAUACCGAUGGGCGACAGCGGUUCUAGCAGAGGAAUCGCCUACCUCGAGUUCAAGUCGGAGGCAAUCGCCGAGAAGGCAAUGGAGGAGGCGCAAGGGUCAGAUGUUCAGGGCCGGUCUAUCAUCAUAGACUUCACAGGAGAAAAGAGUCAGAAGGGUGGCAGAGCUGUUGCAAGCAAAGUACUGGUUGUAAACAACCUAGCGUUCACUGCAAAUGAAGACUCCCUCCAGAGUGUGUUUGAGAAGGCCGUGUCCAUCAGAGUACCACAGAACAACGGCAGACCAAAGGGGUACAGCAGUUGAUUCAGUGCAUUUAAAGAUGUGUAGACAUGAAUUGUUUAUUAGGUUUUUAUUAAUUUGAUAAUUUAAUACAGGGCUCCAGCCUGCAAGCUUUUUUUUUUUUUUCUGCUGG